AUGGCGGAUCCCGCCGCCCCGGCCGCCCCGGUGGCCAAGAAGCAAUCGAGCCCUGCCAUCCCCGUCGGUCUGAACGAAGCCUCCCUCGACUCUCCAACCUUCCGGUCGACCUCUCAGCACUUUGGGGAGCACAUUGAUAAUGUGGAAAGAUGGCUCGACGACUACGUCAAGGCCACCUCGAAAGUGACACGCGACCUCCUGGCCCUCGAAGAAGGGGUCAACACCUACCUCUCCAAAAUCUUCCCGCCCGCUGCGACCGCCGACGCCAUCAUCGACCACGAUUAUACACUUCUUGCAUUGCGCAGGAUUAGCGAUGGAUCAAAGGAAUGGUGGACACAGAUCAUGUCGACCGUGCGGAAGAUUGACACCAUCUCGGUCGACCCCAUCCGCUCGUUCGUGGCCGCUGACCUGCGGUCCUUCAAGGAGGUGCGGAGGGUGCUGGAACACACGCAAAGGAAUUUCGACCAGGCCAUGGCUCGCUAUAUGAGUCAGUCCAAAACGAAGGAACCGUCUGCCAUUCGGGAGGAAGCCUUCGCCGUGUACGAAACCCGCAAAGCGUAUCUCAAGGUCUCGAUGGACUUCUGCCAGCUUGCGCCCCAAGUACGCUUCAGCCUCGACAAGUUGCUCGUCCGGGUAAGUGCCGAUUUUUGGAAGGAGAUGAAACGGUCACGGGACGCUGCCUCUGUGUCGACAAAAUGGGGUUCCGAAAUGGAACGCAUCCGCGGCUGGUCUAGGGAGAUGGAGACGUCCGAGUUCGUCUUCAAACGCGAGCUUCAGAUUGCUAGGCGAGAUAUCGGGGAGAGCACUCUGCAGGCUUUCAAGCCAUCCCGCGAGCUGGAGGAUUAUAGCGCAUCCACUGUGCCGUUCCUUGGAUCCAGGGGCCCGGUUAACGUUCAGCCCCAGGAGAACUCUGCCGUUAUCUCGGAAAAGCAGGGCUGGCUUUUCUUGAAGACUCUAUACGGCAAGCCCGCUCGGUCCAAUUGGGUCCGCCGCUGGUAUUACUGCCGGGAUGGCAUCUUUGGCUGGCUGAUCAAUGGCUCUCAAGGCGUUUUGCAAGGCGACGAAAUUGGUGUCCUGCUGUGCAACGCAAAGCCGGCAGUGGCAGAAGAUCGCCGUUUCUGCUUCGAAGUCAAGACCAAGAGUCAGACACUGGUUCUCCAGGCCGAGACUCAGAACCAGCUGACCGAGUGGCUCGAAGUCUUCGAGGUAGCCAAGAAGCGAGCCUUCGAGGCCAGCAUGGAUAGAGACAGCAACCUCUCUCCUGCGGGAUCUGAUCCAGCAUUUUCCAUCACUCCACCCCCAUUGCCCGAGUUCUCUGCGAGGUCUCUUGAUGCGUUGGUUGCUGGCGAAGAACCAUCAGCCAGUUUCGACAGAGCUGGCACUCUACCGGUCCCUGGGUCCGACAACAAUAUGGCGGGCCGUGCCAGCUUCGAUGUAGGAGGCGCACCGCGUCGUUCCAUCACUGCCCUCGGUCGGGACCUUGGGCGGGAAAUGGUCCGGGAGGAUGGCGAGAGCAAUCGCGAACAUGCCGCGAGGAUCAUCCAGAAGCUAGAUCUUCACCGCAAGGCGACCUUUGGGGCUGGCGCCGAAGCUGCUGUUGCCGCUGCUGCAUCCCCAAGCACUGGUGGCAUUGCAGGCAUGAUCGCCAGCCACGGUCAUUUGCCCGGAUACCCCUCGCCUCCUCAGAGCACGCCCAAGAAACCACCUAUUCAAAGACUGGCUUCUUUCGAUCCUGCCCAGGGUACUCUGGCUCCACUCACGCUGGCGAGGCCACCAGCUGCGACCAACCUCAGUCGGACCGCAGUCAUGUUCUCUGUCGACAGGAGCAUGGGUGGCGACAACACAAGCCAUAUGCCCACUGCGGUCCUCGCAAACUACUGGGGAAGCAGUCAAUGGAGCACCGUCUACGGCUCGGGACCUGGGCGUCCCCGGACGCCUGGGCAGAUGGAGGAAAAUCCGUUUGGAAUCAUUGUUCGGGAAGUUGGGAAACCCGGCGAAGAAAAGCCUUCGACGCCUACAACCGGACACAGGAAGACGGUCAGCGUCGACGCCAAGUUCAAUCAGCCCCAUCCUCAGAUCAAACAACCUGUCGAGACGUUCCCCCCUGGCUAUCCUCCCGAGCUGAGAAUCCAACACCACCAGUUCCGAAUCCUGUUCCCAACCGUGCCUCUCGACGAGAAGUUGGUCCUCGUGUUCCGAGCCGCGUGGUCGAGCUCCUCUGGCAAAGACUCGCCAUCAAACGGACACGGACUCGCAGGCAACGGCCGCAUCUACAUCACGCCUGACAACAUGUACUUCUACGGCCAGCAGAUGGGUCUUGUUGUGGCAUACGCCGUCAGUCUCGACAUCAUUGCUGAAGUUACAGCGGCGCCCGGAAAGGAGUGCGAUUUCAUCUUCCUCCACCUGGGAGAAGAUGGUAACGAGACUGGUUACACCAGAGUCACAAUCAAGGUUUUCCUCGACAACCUUCAGCUUCUGCAUGCUAGACUGAACCUCCUCAUCGAUGAUCUUCAGUCAGAGGAACCCAUGGAGCUGUCAGAACUUAUAACUGCUCUCAUCAACCUUGAGUUUGAGGACUAUAGCAAGCGAAGCCCAAGCGUUGAGAGCUGGGAAGAAAUCUCGUCUAACACCCCGUUUGACGAUGGCACCCACUCUGGCCGUCCUCCACGACGCCAGAGUCAAUUCGGCCCCAAGCUUCGUAUAUCAGGCCAAAGCAAGCAGACGCCAAAGCUUCAGUUGCCCGCACAUCCUGUCGUCUUCGAGCCCGAGGACAUGCAGAGAAAGGUCGCUGAGCGUCAUUUCGAGAUCAGCGCCAAGGCAUGCUUCCAUGUGCUGUUUGGAGACAAGAGCUUUGUGUUCCCGAAGCUCUAUUUUGAGCGUAGAGCGCAGCAGAUUGCUCAGGGUCCUUGGACUCUCGCAGACCACGGUCGAAUGAGACGAGAGUUCCAGUUCAAAUUCGACUACAAAGACAUGCUUGGUCGGCCAAAGACUGUCAACGUCGUCGACCAUCAGACGAUGGACGUGUUUCAAGACCACGUUACGUACGUUGUCACCCACGUCAAGACAGCAUGGCAUCUGCCCCAUUCGCAGUACUUCAAGUUGGUGACGAAGGUGGUAAUUACGCAUGUGGCCAAAUCCAAGUGCAAGCUCGCGAUCUACACAAAGGUGGACUGGUCUAAGAUGCCGGCAUUUUCGAAGAAUCUGGUCGAACGGCAAGCGCUGAAUGAUGCCGAGGGCGACGCCGAAGAGCUGGCGGACGUAGCAACGGACCAGGUCCGCAAACUGGGCCCUCACAGUCGCACCAAGAGAGCAAUCCAAGUUUACGGAAACAUUGGGCAGCAGACUCAGGUCGUGCUGUUCUCGCCAGCUGAUGCUGACGCAGCGAAGAAGCAGCUUAUCAAGCCGCGCACCCUGACGGCCAUGCUUCUAGAGACGCUCCGCUCCUUUGGAGAGAGCGCGGUCACGUCGCUCAUCAUGUGGGCGAUUGCUGGAGUGCAAAAGUUCUUCAGCGUAGUGACGGCACACCGACUCAUCCUUCUUCUACUGGCAGGAAGUACGUUUACGAACGUCUUCCUGACGUCAAAGGACAGUUCAAACUGGUGGAUGGAGAGGCGGGCAGCCAAGUUUAUGAACCGCGUCGGUGUUGGGCCAAAUGUGAUGAUGAGCAAGGCCAUCUACAUGGCGGAUUUGGGCGAGGCAACGGGCGCAGUAGGCCACAACAGUUCCUGGCCCGCUGAUAUUGCAAACUCCACCGAUUUGGACGCUCCGUUCGAAGACGCCGGGUCAACUCUCUCGACGGCAACGAGCCGAGCGACGGCGCGCCGGCUGCGUCGGACACGCCAACGUCUCGGCUCUUACAGACACGACCUCCUGGUUGCGAUGCGCAUCGUCAACAGCAUCGAGCGGGAGAUGGUGCAGUCGGAGUGGGAGAACUGGCUAGCUGAUGAAAACGUUCGUUGCGAUAAGCUCAAGACGGUGCUCGAAGCAGACAAGUCGACCAAGACCAAACGGAGCGGCGACCAGAAGGUCAUGGCGCCGAAGAUCGACGAGGGCAAGAGGGAGACGUUGCGGGAGUGGUACGAUACAUAUUGUGGCAGCUGCAAGUUAGAUCACGCGGCAUUGAUGAGCGAGAGAAAUUCUUUGGCAGCGUUUGAUUCGCCUCUCCCACUUUCCCUCCAACGUGUCACCCCAACCUCAAUCGAAAUGGCACCGCAUCACGAGCCCUUCAAGGGCCUCGCGCCUAUAAAAUGGUCUUCUGUCGAAGAGGAGGACCCCAAAGAAUUCCUCGCCAGCGUCUUCUCUGAUGCCCAAACGAUAGUCGACUCAAUCCCCGUCCCCGCCGCCGUCAAGCAGGCCACGACGGGCCGCGCUCGCUCACACACCGAUCCGCCUCAACCCGUCGCCGACAUCAACCGCAGUCUUUCCCAGCAGCGCCAGUCUGCCGCCUCUCUCAGCCUGUCGCGUGACCUGGCAAAGGAGUGGAAGGAGGUCAAGGUGAACCCCAGAGACAACCCGCUCGCCAUCAACGUCUAUAAGCUCGCCUCCAAGGACGGCAAGGGUAGUUGGUUCGCGCGGCGCAGUGUUCAUGAUGGCCUCACCUUUGAGAAGUGGAAGCUGGGUCUCGAAAAGGAGUUUGCCGAGUCAAUGAAGGUACAGACGGGUCCUGGAGCCGGCGCUAUCCGAGGAAUCGGCGCCGAGAAACGGGUCGUCCACCAGGUUGUCGAGGGCGCCGGGAAGAUGGAAGUUUUCCAAUUGUCGGCGCAGUUCCCGGGUCCGACCGCUCCGAGAGACUUUGUUACUCUGCUCCUGACUUCCGACUUUUCCGGCAACCCUCCUGCACAAGAAGGCGGGAGGCGACCGCUUAGGACCUUCAUGAUUGUCUCGAAGCCGUGCAUACAUCCCGAGUGCGCCGAACGGCCGGGCUACAUUCGAGGGCAGUACGAGUCCGUGGAGAUCAUCCGCGAGAUCCCUUCCGACAAGCCCUCAAUCACCCGCGCAAAGUCAUCGAUCGAUCUGAGCCACGACGGUCCGAAGGAAAGGCAAGCAGUCGCCGAGUCCAUGGGCAGAGAGGCGGUUCUGCGGGCGGCCAAGAAGGCCGCUGACCCCGAAGGCGGACGACAGCGCGGGACUUCUGUCGACAGUGCACCGGCGAGAGAUGACGCCGGUCACAAUGCGGAAGGCCUUGACGAGGAAGCUACAACGACGGUUGAGUGGUUGAUGGUGACUCGCAGUGACCCCGGCGGAAACGUGCCCAGGUUCUUGAUCGAUCGCGGCACGCCUGGUGGCAUCAUCGGCGAUGCGGGCAAGUUCAUCAAGUGGAUGACCGCCAAGGCCGCAGACGAUUUCACAGCGUCAGACACGGAGCAGGAGGAGACGAAGGAGAAUGCUAAGCAAGCCGAGGCUGAAAAGGUCGCAUCACCAAUGGAGGUCGCCAAGGAGCCCACGUCCAAUCUCGUACCAGAUCCGUCGGCACAGGAUGAGACUGUCCCGCCAAGUAGCAACGGCCUUUAUGGUAUUAUCUCAGGGGCCUUCGGACUGGCAGGGUCUGCUGUGGCAAGUCGGCUCCCUAACGGUCUGCCGGGCAUGUUCCAGGCGCCAAGCACCAACGGCUCGAUAGCCGAGGAAGACGAGCGCGACGAAGAGACCAACGAGAGCGACACCUCGUCCAUCCGCAGUUUCGCGUCGGCCGUUGAGAAGACAGACGAGGGCGAGGCCCUUACGCCUCCGGACGUUACCCACCAAGACACCAUGUCUCUACACUCGUCCGGCUCUGGUGCGAACUCCCUGCACAAGUCGACGACGUCGCAUCACGACAGGGAGCUCAAGAAGCUCCAGGAACGCCGAAAGAAGAUGCAGGAGAAGAUCAACAAGAUGCAGGAGCGCAUGUCCAGUAAGCGCGCAGAAGACACGCAACGCGAUGCCGCCCAGCAGGCCAAGUUGCGGGAGAAGCACGACAAGGAGGUUGCCAAACAGGAAGAAAAGUACCGCCGCGAGCUGAAGAGGCUCGAGGAGCGACGGGAGAAUGAGGAACGCAAAGCGGAAGAGAGGAGGCGCAAGCAAGCCGAGAAGGAGGAGAAGGGCAACAUGGCCAUGGAGCUCGAGCGGGUCAAGACGGAGCGUGACCUCGCGCUGAAGCAGAUUGAGGUGCUCAAAGGGCAGAUUGGAGACCUGCAGAGCCAGAACACCAUGCUUGUGGCCAAGAUGGGCCGCCUGGGUGGGCUGAAGAGGGAGGAUUCGGCGGCGUGGAGCACAUCGGGAGAGAAGUUGACCACCCAGAGUGUCUCGAGCUAG